UAUUGAACUCUGAAACACGUGCAUCACUGUCCGAAACAUUUUCUCUUUUCCUUCAAACAUCCAAUUCAACUCCGUUCCGCAAAUUCAUUUGCAUAGACAAUCGGUUGGAUCAUUCCACUUUCUUUCAAUCAUUCCAAUUCCACAACCAACGAAAAAUCAUUAUCAACACAACAAAACAAUGUCAAAAACAACAACUUCUUCUUCCGAACAAACUGCACGCAACCGUUUGGCCACCCUCGCAGCUCACUUGCUUCCCUCCGACGCCGCCUCCGCCACCGCGAUCCUCCGCCCCCACCGCCUCUCCGCCCCCGCCGGAUCCUCUCCGCCGGUGAACCUGAAGGGUACUGUCACCGUCGUCGACGAGAGGACCGGCAAGAAGUACCAGAUCGAAGUCACCCCAGAUGGCACUGUCAGAGCCUCUGACUUCAAGAAGAUAUCAACUGGGAAAAAUGACAAGGGACUCAAACUUUAUGAUCCUGGCUAUUUGAACACUGCUCCUGUCAUCUCAAGGAUUUCUUACAUUGAUGGUGAUGCUGGAAUCCUUAGAUAUAGAGGAUAUCCUAUUGAGGACUUGGCAGAGAAAAGCAGCUUUAUGGAAGUGUCAUAUCUCAUAAUGUAUGGAAAUUUGCCUUCUGAAAGUCAGUUAACAGAAUGGGAGUUCACCAUAUCUCAGCAUUCAGCUGUACCACAAGGAGUUUUGGAUAUGAUACAAUCAAUGCCUCAUGAUGCACAUCCUAUGGGUAUGCUUGUCAAUGCCAUGAGUGCUUUGUCUGUUUAUCAUCCUGAUGCAAAUCCUGCUCUCAAAGGUCUUGAUAUCUACAACUCAAAGCAAGUGAGAGACAAGCAAGUAGCACGGGUUAUUGGAAAGAUAACAACAAUUGCUGCUGCAAUUAAUCUUAGAUUGGCAGGAAGGCCACCUGUGCUUCCAUCCAACAAACUUUCUUACACAGAGAACUUCCUAUACAUGCUAGAUUCUUUUGGCAAUCGAUCAUAUAAACCUAAUCCUCGGCUAACUCGAGCACUGGACAUUAUCUUCAUCCUGCAUGCAGAACAUGAAAUGAAUUGCUCUACAUCUGCUGUACGACACCUCUCAUCAAGUGGUGUUGAUGUAUAUACUGCUAUUGCCGGGGCUGUUGGAGCUCUAUAUGGACCUCUUCAUGGUGGAGCCAAUGAGGCUGUCCUCAAAAUGCUGAGUGAAAUUGGAACUGCUGAGAACAUUCCAGCGUUCAUUGAAGGUGUUAAAUCCAGGAAACGAAAGCUCAGUGGUUUUGGACAUCGCGUGUACAAAAAUUAUGAUCCAAGAGCAAAGGUCUUGAGGAAACUGACAGAGGAAGUGUUUACCAUUGUUGGCCGGGAUCCUCUUAUAGAGAUUGCGGUUGCCUUGGAGAAGAUUGCACUGUCUGAUGAGUAUUUCAUCAAGAGGAAGCUAUAUCCAAAUGUUGACUUCUACUCUGGACUGAUUUACAGGGCCAUGGGCUUUCAACCUGAGUUUUUCACUGUUUUAUUUGCCAUCCCUCGAAUGGCUGGGUACUUGGCACAUUGGCGAGAGUCAUUGGAUGAUCCUGAUACAAAGAUUAUGAGACCUCAACAGGUUUAUGUUGGGGAGUGGUUGAGGCAUUAUGCACCAAUCAAUCAAAGGACUACAUCAAGUAACACUGACAAACUUGGUCAAUUGGCUGUAUCAAACGCCUCAAAGAGGCGACUUGCUGGAUCUGGGGCUUAACAUAGUGAAAAUGCCAAGUGGUCAAUAAAGUCCACUUCAGAGAAAAAAUUAAUUUUUUUUUCUGGUAUAUAAAAUAAGUUUGUUUGUUUAUGAAUAAAAUUAUGAAGUCAAAUAGAUAAAUAAAAUCAUGAAAUCAGUUAGACUAUGGUUUCAGUAUUUUUUUUUUCUAUCUGAAAAAAGAAAGACUCCUUGUAUUUGCAAUGUCAUAACAUAAAUUGUAUAAUUCUGAAAUCUCAAUAUGGAAUGUGGAUCGGAUGACAGAUGGAGGGUAGUACAAUUGUUAGAGGUUGGGAGAGACUAAGAAAAAACUAUAAAUUAACUCAUUAUAAAUUGUUUAAAGGGAAA